AUGGGCCUUCGAAGCGAGGUUAUCAACUACGGGAGUUCCCGAGUCGAGAGCACAAGCAACGGCUUCGUCAAGGAACCCGAUGGCAGCUUUGGGCCUGUCCAUAAACACUGGCCAACCGUGGUCAUCGAGUCCGGUUUAUCGGAAAGCGAGACCAAGCUUGCGAACGACGCAAGAGGCUGGCUCGAGGCGCCAGGUUCCGAGACCCAGAUCGUUCUCACUAUUAAUAUCGACCGAACCUCGCCAACCAUCACCUUCCACCGCUGGCAAUUAGACAGCGUCGAGAUGCGGAGAAUAACCCGCUCCCACUGCCAUUUAGGAGUUGUGGUAGAGGAGGUCGUGGCCACACGGCAAAGAAAUGUCACCGAAGUUACUGGUGACAUAACUCUCCCAUUCUCCAGAGUAACUGCUCGCGCACCACGCAAUGCAGCCCAUACAACCGAGCACGACAUCAUCCUGACGAAGGUCGCUCUCACAGAAAUCUGCGAAAAAACUUGGCCGGAAGUGCUAUCGCACGGUGUUGACGGUUGA